AUGCCUUUCGGUAUCCUUGAAUGCAAUAAGCUCGAGAUUGUGCCUGGCACAGCUUUCCUGAAUGAUCAGAACGAGGUUCCUCGAGAAUAUGCUGGCUUGGAUAAGAGCCAACUCAAACAUGGCACAGGCAGAUAUUCUCAUGUCAUCUUAGUACCGCAACCUUCCGAUGACCCUAAUGACCCUUUGAACUGGCCGUGGUGGCAAAAGGAGAUGAUACUUCUGAUUGUCGGGCUCUCAUCAGCGAUAACAGGUGCCUACGGUCCUAUGCUCUCACCAGGUUUCGUCCAAAUCGCUGAUGAGCUUCACAUCUCCGUCACCGCUUUGGCUCAGGCUACUGCAUGGAUGAUUCUCGCCUGUGGACUUGCACUCUUCAUUCUCAACGCCCUGGCCAAGGUUUACGGGAAAAGACCAAUGUACCUUUUCGCUAUCACUCUGCUGUUCAUCAGCGCGCUCAUUGGAGGCACUGCCAAAAAUGAUCAAAUGUUCCUGACCAGCCGUGUCUUGGGAGGCAUUGGCGGUGGUCCCUUCGAAAUUCUCAUCCAGUGCACAAUCGGUGACCUUUAUUUUGUCCAUGAGCGCGCGACUCGAAUUGCAUUCUGGAAUUUGUGCCUGUUUGUUGGAAUAUCCCUAGGUUCUAUCAUCUCAGGAUAUGUAAUCUCGAACAUCGGUUGGAAUUGGUGCUUCUGGAUAUCUGCCGUGUUUUAUGGGAUCGCCGGCUUGCUUAUCUUUUUCUGCGUACCAGAAACGACAUACGAACGAAAAGAUAAUGUGGUUUUGAAACCUUCGGUCGAAGAGAGAUUUGAUGAUGAGAAGGGCGUACUACGAUCGACAGUUGCUGUGCAUCUUGAACAUGACGAUCAGCACGGCGACCCAUUGAACAGGGCGGCUACCGUACCAGAGAAGAUGUCCUACUGGCGGUCUCUGCGACUUCUCACCGGUCGUCACAGCAAGGCAUCAAUUUUUACAGUUUUCAGUCGCCCUUUCGUCCUUUUCAUGUACCCGGCCAUCGGACUAACCUUUCUGACAUACGGCGUCAUGAUAACAUGGUACGUUGCCUUCUCCGUCGUCGUCGGCAUCAUUUUCGUUGCCCCGCCAUACAACUUCACGAUCUCACAAGUCGGUCUCGUCAAUCUCUCACCUCUUAUCUUCUCUAUCAUUGGCGAAGUUAUUUCUGGUCCACUCAAUGAUGCACUUUGUUUAUGUUUGACCAAGAAGAACAAGGGAAUUUACGAGCCAGAGUUUCGUUUAGUCCUGAUGGCGGUCGUCGCCCUUACUGGUGCAGUGGGAUUCUAUGGCUUCGGUCUGACUGUCCACUACCAAACUCAUUGGGCUGGGCCCGUUCUCACUUAUGGCAUUUGCAGUCUCUCACUUGCGUUUGUCUCUACCUGCAUGUUUGGGUACGUCCUUGACAGCCAUCCCAAGUUGAACGAGGAGGCUUUUGUCGUUAUCAACGCGCGAGCCGUCCUGGGUUUUGGACUGUUCUACGUGCUCGCGCCAUGGCUGAUGACAUCUGGCAUACUCAAUGUUUUUGUGGUGUUUGGCAGUAUCACACUUUUCACCUGCGCCCUGAUUAUCCCCUUGUGGAUCUUUGGCAAGCGUUGGCGCAGCUGGAUCGCCAGGAACGAGUUACUACAGCGUCUGACUAGUGAUACAUGA